CACUUUCUUGGUCUUUUAUAUGGUCUUUUAUAUACAUCACCGAUAGAAAGUGAUGUAAUGAUGCGUAUAACCCAGAAACAGAGAGAGAAGGCAGCUGCGACGGUGAAACCAAUGCUACUCAACACUGACCACGUCGUCUCGAUCCCACGCAAGUUUCAAUCUUUCUUUACACAUUAAUUUAUUGGGUCGGAUCAAAUUGCUCCGAAGGACAACAAGAAGAAAAGUUGCGAAGAAAUUGCAGAAGCAGACAUGGUGGAGAUGCAGGAGGAAGAAUAUCAGAAAAUGGCGGUUUUCAAAGGCAGGGAAAAAUUCGGGUCCAAUGUUUUGCACAUGUUUAUGGCUCUGGGUAUUUGGCUGGGUACAAUCCAUUUCAACGUGGGUCUGAUUCUCUUCACGAUAUUCUUCCUUCCAUUUUCCAAGGCCCUUCUUGUAUUUGGGUUGCUUGUGUUGUUUAUGAUCAUCCCAGUUGAUGAAAAGAGCAAAAUAGGAAGAUCACUUUCCAGGUACAUAUGUAAGCAUGCCUGUGCUUAUUUUCCUGUGACGCUGUACGCAGAAGAUAUCAAUGCCCUUGAUCCUAAUCGCGCUUAUGUCUUUGGUUAUGAACCACAUUCGGUUUUGCCAAUUGGUGUUGUUGCACUUGCUGACCUUACUGGGUUCUUGCCUCUCCCCAAAAUUAAGGCCCUUGCAAGUAGCGCGGUGUUCUACACACCAUUAUUGAGACAUAUAUGGACAUGGUUGGGUCUUGCACCGGCCACAAAGAGUAAUUUUAUCUCCCACCUAUCUGCUGGUUAUAGUUGCAUCAUUGUGCCUGGUGGAGUUCAGGAGACAUUUUACAUGGAGCACGGCACUGAGAUAGCAUUUCUCAAGUUGAGAAGAGGAUUUGUUCGCAUAGCCAUGGAGCUGGGCCAUCCCCUGGUUCCAGUUUUCUGCUUUGGUCAGUCAAAUGUUUACAAGUGGUGGAAGCCAAGUGGAGAAUUAAUUUUGAAGUUUGCUAGAGCUAUCAAGUUCACCCCAAUUUUCUUCUGGGGAGUAUUUGGAACUCCAGUACCCUACCGUCUUCCAAUGCAUGUGGUGGUCGGAAAACCAAUUGAACUCAAGAAAACAUCACAACCCACGAUGGAAGAGGUGAACGAAGUGCACGGUCAGUUCGUUGCAGCACUAGAGGAUCUUUUCGAAAGGCACAAGGCUCGGGUUGGUCACGCCGAUCUUCGAUUGAAAAUUCUUUGAUCAGAUCUUACGUACUUUAGUUAUGUCCACCUUCAUGCAGCUCCCUCUUCUUUUUUUUUCUGGGAAAGUUGGUGUUAACCUGUUGUAUUAACGAUAAGGUUAGUUGUCAAAACCUUCAUCUGGAGCAACAGAAAGUGACAUAAUCAUGUUUGUAAAUUAACAUCUCUCUAAUUCUUUCAUACUUUCUCAAUAAAAUUAGUGAUUAGACACA